GGGAGACAGAUGAUUGACAUUGCCGCCAUUUUGCCUUCCCUCUCUGCUUCCAUUGUGUGAGAGAUAGUAAAUAUCUGACACUGCCAGAGAAGCACAACGUACUUGUUUCCGUCGAAGGAAAAGACGUAAAAUUGACCCUCGGGGAUACUUCAUAAGUCAUGGCUCGUACCAAGCAGACCGCUCGUAAGUCCACUGGAGGAAAAGCUCCUCGUAAACAGUUGGCCACAAAGGCUGCCCGAAAGAGUGCGCCCUCUACUGGUGGUGUAAAGAAGCCCCAUCGUUACAGGCCUGGUACUGUUGCUCUGAGAGAGAUCCGUCGGUACCAGAAGUCCACUGAGCUUCUGAUCCGUAAGCUGCCGUUCCAGCGUCUGGUGAGGGAGAUCGCUCAGGACUUCAAGACUGACCUGCGUUUCCAGAGCGCUGCCAUUGGAGCUUUGCAGGAGGCCAGUGAGGCCUAUCUGGUGGGUCUGUUUGAGGACACCAACCUUUGUGCCAUUCAUGCUAAGCGUGUCACCAUCAUGCCCAAAGACAUCCAGCUGGCACGCCGCAUCCGAGGAGAGCGUGCUUAAGACGCUCUCCUCCUUCUUCUUUCUCCUCUUUUUUCUCUACAUGUCCCUUCCUCUCUCCUCCCCAUUGUACUCCACCCACACCCUGCACCCCUUGUUUCCCAACCUGCCCUGCUUCUCAGUAGACAUUAGAGUAAUUCUGAUUAUGAAGAGAUAGAAAUAUGUUAAAAGUCUGGUCUCUCAUAGGUUCGUUGGUUUUGUUGUUUUCUUGUCUUCACCAAAUGUUUUAGAGUUCAUUGUUGUGCAUAUUGACAGUUUAGCAGAUCAGAUCAUCAUGUGUUCACAAAGUCAAACAGGCAUCUCUGGGUUUGGGUGAAAUUUUGGAAGGUGAAAUACUCUCCUGGGCUUUACCUGGAUUGUGAAGUCAAAAGGUUCCUUUGGUGUUGUACACAGGGGCAAAGUAUGGCCCAAGGACUAGUCUGCUUAAGGGGAGCUGCAACUUCCACAGCAGGGUGCUAUUUUAAAACUGGUCCUAAAGCCUGUGUUCUCAUGAACACCCUCCAUCCUUUGGCCUGCCACCCUCACCACUGGGACCCAAACUGGGAUAUACCCUGGUCUGUUUGGCCAUUUGUGUUUACAUGUCAACUCUGUUAUUUUAAACCAUUUGGUAACCAAGAAAAACUGUUGUUUUGGACUUUUGGUUAUUGUUGUGGAUAAGGUGGUGUUGUUUUUACACAUCGUCAUCAAUGACAGACAUCUCUUCAUUUAUUACUUCCAAUAUCGUUGAAAUAAAACAAGAAACAUGUUUUUCUUUUACAGUGAUCUGUUUUGUUAAUGAAAAUCAGGAAGGGCUCCUUUGUUUUCUAAGGUAACAUCAGUCCUAACAGCAGCCACACGGGGGCGAUGGUUUACCAUCUCCUGUUUUCUUACCUGUUCACUGUAGAUCAGUCUUCAUCUAUUAAGCCUCUGUCUCUAUUUUUAUCACCACAGUUUAGGCAUUAGACUCAUCACUACAGUAUAAAUUGAUGUGAUAGUUAAAAUGACACUCUGCAUGUUUAGACUUUGUCUCACACUUUCUGUCGCUCUUUCUCUUUGUAGAUCUGAGAGAAAAAAAACUCCCUCUGAAAAUUUGUGAUACACAAUAUAACCUCAUAUUUGUUUUCUUUGAUAUUUUUUCUUAUUCCUUGAGAUUUUCAGACGUAUAAAUAAGCUGAUCUUUGUAUUUUCCAAAUUUGUCAUAUUAUGGUGGUAAUAAAUAGGUGUCAAAACAA